UCGGCUAUUGUAGCCGAGCACGUUGUAGCCUAGUCAAGCCAGUCGUUCGCUUUUCGAUCCUUGUUGUUUUGUUCUCUGUCGGCUUUUUUUGUUUCAUUCCGUAAUGUCGCAUAUUUUAGUCAAGUGGGCGUCGACCGAACAGUGGGAUGUGUAUGAGACUAGACGCAUGGUCGAUGUAGCCACUGCCACAUCGAUUAUGAAAGAUGCUACUGUGGUGGAGGCUUUAGUCGGCAAAACCUUCAAGGUGCUUUGGAAGGAUGGAGACGAGGCAUGUGACGCAUACCUGGUGGCUGCUGGUGAGGCAGACAAAAUGGAAAGAAAGAGGACGAAGUUAGCCACACGUGCAGAACGCAACCCUUUGACAAAGAAAACGCCAUGCUGUGACCACGUGUCACAAAUCGAAGCCCUCAUGGCGGAAAAUGCAGUCCUGAAAGAACGGCUUCGAGAACACAAAGAUUUAAUCGACACUUCCAAAAUGCUUAAAAAGCUGCAGCGGGCUGUUGACAAGUUGACAUCAGCUUCUGAAGGGGCAAAGCCUGCCGAGCCUGAAGAGAACACGCAACGAGAUAUUGGUGGAGGCGUCAUGGUGUCUCAGGCCACACUGACGAGGCUGGAACAAACCUACCAUGAUGCUCCAUGCAAAUUUUCAAGGGCACUGAUUAGGGUGCUUUUCACUGAUGAGGAGCUUGCCAACAAGACACUUUUUGGCCGGCAGGCAAACAGCCAUAAAGAAAACAAGGUGAAACCAGCCUUGGACCAGACGAGGGUCUCUGCACUCCUUG